AAUUUUUUUUCAUAAAGGUUUUGCCAAUGACAAACUCCACCAUCAGAAAAAAGUACCAAUCUAUCUAAUAACUAGAGAUACUAAAUGUGCUUUGAUUAAUUUAUUGGCCAUUAUAUUUCUUUUCUACAAAUUAUCUAUUCCCUCUUUCGUCCAGUUAUCUACUGGAAACUUGAUUGAUUGUUUUCUCUGUUCCUUUCCAUUCAUUCCCUCUUUUCUUCUUUCCUUCUAUCUUUUCUUUUCUUACUAAAAAGUCAUUUUAGAUUUUUCAUGGAAUGAAUGUUGUAUAAUUCAGUAUUCUACUGGUUAAAGCACAGCCUAGAAGUAUGUUUCUGCUCUCUCUCACAGCAGUGUUAUAAAAAGAUUGCACCAAAUUUCACUUCAUAGAAUUUAUCUUUGAUGACAAAUAUAUUAAAUUUCCUUUCCCAGGCAGAUCCCAAAUGUGGCAGCUUUUACUGGCAGCAUGCUGGAUGCUUCCUCUUGGAUCUAUGUAUGGUUAUGAUAAGAAAGGAAACAACGCAAACCCUGAAGCUAAUAUGAAUAUUAGCCAGAUUAUUUCUUACUGGGGAUAUCCUUAUGAAGAGUAUGAUGUUACAACAAAAGAUGGUUAUAUCCUUGGAAUUUAUAGGAUUCCACAUGGAAGAGGAUGCCCAGGGAGGACAGCUCCAAAGCCUGCUGUGUAUUUGCAGCAUGGCCUAAUUGCAUCUGCCAGUAACUGGAUUUGCAACCUGCCCAACAACAGCCUGGCUUUCCUUCUGGCAGAUAGUGGCUAUGAUGUGUGGUUGGGGAACAGCCGAGGAAACACUUGGUCCAGAAAACACCUUAAAUUGUCGCCCGAAUCACCAGAAUACUGGGCCUUCAGUUUGGAUGAGAUGGCUAAAUAUGACCUUCCAGCCACAAUCAGUUUUAUCAUAGAGAAAACAGGACAGAAGCGACUCUACUACGUGGGUCACUCACAAGGCACCACCAUAGCUUUUAUAGCAUUUUCUACAAACCCAGAACUGGCUAAAAGGAUUAAGAUAUUUUUUGCACUGGCUCCAGUUGUCACACUGAAAUACACCCGAAGUCCUAUGAAAAAACUAACAACUCUUUCCAGGCAAGUAGUCAAGGUGUUGUUUGGUGACAAAAUGUUCCACCCUCAUACAUUGUUUGACAAAUUCAUUGCCACCAAAGUGUGCAGUCGGAAGCUAUUCCAUCGUAUUUGCAGCAACUUCCUAUUUACUCUGAGUGGAUUUGAUCCGCAAAACUUAAAUAUGAGUCGCUUGGAUGUUUACUUGUCACACAAUCCUGCGGGAACAUCUGUUCAGAAUAUGCUGCACUGGGCCCAGGCUGUUAAUUCUGGUCGGCUUCAAGCUUUUGAUUGGGGAAACUCUGAUCAGAACAUGAUGCACUUUCACCAGCUUACACCUCCUUUAUACAACAUUACUAAGAUGGAAGUUCCAACAGCAAUAUGGAAUGGUGGACAGGACAUUGUGGCUGAUCCCAAGGAUGUCAAAAAUUUACUUCCUCAAAUUGCCAACCUUAUUUAUUACAAGCUAAUUCCACACUACAAUCAUGUGGAUUUUUACCUUGGAAAGGAUGCACCUCAGGAAAUUUAUCAAGACCUAAUUAGAUUGAUGGAGGCAUAUUUAAAAAAUUAA